GAAACGUCGCAAGACAAUUACCUGACGGCCUACACCCGGAAGCCAGGAAAAUGCAUUAAAAAUAUUAAACUUUUCAGAAAAUAUUAAUAAUUUUACCUGGCAUUUCAAUAUUCUCAAAUUUGUUACGAUUCUGACAGCCAAGAAACAUGAAAUGAGUUUAUGUGAUAGAAAUGCAAACCAUAUCAUGAAGUAGCCAGUGGCAUAUUGCAGUUAAACCUAAAAAAAAUUUCAAUUCUGCAAUAAAUUAAAUUAUCCUUACUUGUACAAACCAAAAACUUUAAAAUUGUAACUUUGGCAGCUCAUUAUGCAAAAAAAGUAUGCGCUGUAUUUUUUUUUUUUCAUUUCGUGAAAGUUAAACAAUUGACAAAGUCUAAACGUUGAUCAGUAGAGACCGGAAAAAUUCGCGGAUUCAUUUCGUGAUAGGCUGAAAUUCAAACAUGUGUACAAUUUUUCUGGUUCUGCUAUUGGCUCGCAGUUUAACUGGAGCUCUCUGGGACAUUGAGAGAUUAUCGACCAAAGAAGCGUCGAAUCACAAGCUACCCAGUGGAGACGCCUCACAAUUUAGUACCCACAAUGAACACGCGUGUUUGCUUGAGAAAUGCAGAGGAUAAUGGAGGCUAUCCUAGAGGUCAUUGAAUCCGCGAAUUUUUCCGGUCCCUAUUGAUCAGUGAUUAAUAUAAAUAUGAAACCAUGACCUGGAAUGGGAGGCGGUAGCUAAUUGUAAGCUAUGCUUGCUUCUCUCGUGCAGCGAGGUCUGCAGACGCGAGCAGGCACCGCGCGCCAGUCGCCAGAUGACGCGAUGGGUCGGUGCGGAAACGCAGCGCUCGCUGGCGCACUGCUGGCUCUCUGCGUGGCCGCCAUCUUGUCUCUGUGCGCCAUCUUGGACUACACGAGACCAGCCCCUCCGGUCCCCGCCGCCCCCUCCUCCACCGCCGCUACCAGUCCAGACCUGCUUAGCGGCGUGCUGGGGCUGCGGCUGCGGCUGCUGCUGGACAGCGCGCCCUGCGGCCAGGCGACGGCAGCGCUCCUGGCGGUGGUAUCGCACGCCGGCCACGUGGCGGCUCGCAGCGCGGCGCGCCGGGCCUGCCCCUCCUCGCAGCUGGCGGCCUCCGGGGCCCGCCGCGUGUUCCUGCUGGCAGUGCCGCGCCCCGCCGACCCCGACCACGUCUCGCCCCAGGCCCUGGCCGACGAGGCCCGCAGGUUCGGCGACCUGGUGCAGGCCGACUUCGCGGAGGCGUACCGCAACCUGAGCUACAAGCACGCGCUGGGGCUGGCGUGGGCGGCGCGGCGCUGCCCGCUCGCCCGCCUCGUGCUCAAGAUGGACGACGACGUGGCGGCGGACCUGCCCGGGCUGCUGGCGCUGCUGCUGGCGCGCGACCCUCCUCCCCCGCUGCAGGGCUACCUGCUGGCGGGGCGGCGGCCCGAGCGGGACCCGCGCAGCAAGUGGUGCGUCACCCGGGCAGAGUACCCGCCCGAGCAGUACCCGGCCUUCCUGUCGGGCUGGCUGUACGCCGCCACGCCGCGGGUCGCAGCCGAGCUGGUGCGCCGCGCCGCGCGCCUGCCCUUCUUCUGGGUGGACGACGUGCUGCUGACGGGGCUGGCGCGGCGCGCGGCGGGCGUGCGGCUCGAAGACGUGCGGGACCUGCGCGGCUUGUUCGCGUCGCACGCGGAGCUGCUGCAGUGCUGCCUCGCCAGCACCAGAUACCAGUGCGACUUCAUGGUGGGGCCAGACGGGGGCCAGCCGGAGAUGCUCGUGAAGUUCCAGAGGCACGCCGACAGAUGCCGCAGGCUGCGCUGCCCGCGGCGACCACAGAACGAGUCCCUGCGCCGGACGUGCGUGGUGAGGCGCAGCUCUGCGCCGCCGGAGCGAGGCCACGCCCUCGUGCGGCCCGUGCAGCUGCGCUAGGGGCAGCUGCAGAUGGUCCAGAGGCGCGCCGCCAGAUGUCUCUGCGCCAGAAGUAUAUCCCGUCGCCUGCUUUCCGUCAUCCGUUCGACGGCCACGCGCGACUUGCAGCCAAUCGUACGGUCAGAACCUUUUUCUUUCCGUCCAUCCGUCAAAACCUCGGUAAGCUCUAUCUUUUGACGGACGGGAGGUUGAUAUUAUAACACAAAUAUAGCACAAAAUCUUUAAUUAAUUUCUUAUUCAUCACUCAAACAAAUUUCAUAUUAAUAUUAAUAAAAUUUUUCCCAUUACAAUAUUUAAAUUUAAGAACCGUAAACUACUAAAUAGCACUAUUUUACACCUUAAAAUCCAAAUUUUCCCGGGGGACGACCCCCGGACCCCUCGCUUUAAUACGAAAAGGUGGGUGGGGGGGGGGGGGGCGCAUGCUUCUCAACACCCCCCAUACACAAAUCCUGGCUACGCCACUGUAUUAUAAUCUAUGGUUUUAGCCGCGGCAGUCAGUUGUAACCAGAACACAGGCCUUAGGUGUUUUUAUCCGUCUUUCAGAUGUCUUGUAUAAUAACAAUCCGGUUCUUAAGUCUCAUGUUAAAAAAAAAUCCAAUUUUGAUUCUGAAUUUUUACGAGGAAAUGUUAAAACAAUAUGUACAAAAAAUUUUACACGAAUAGCGAACGACAUCUAUACAAAUCUGCUAGAGAAAAACAUGGAUAAUUUCGGCAGCACUAAAAUUGUGCAAAUAUGACGAACUGAUGAAAUCGAGUUGUAAAUCGCUUGGCCGGAUGCGUGUCCUUGACGGAUGGACGGAUGACGGACGGAGGCGAUGUUCUAUUGUCCUGCAUUGGCGCGGAAACGUAGUCGGAUCACGGAAACGGAUACGGACUAUUCACUAUCGCGUCUGGUGCUUCCGCAAGCUACGAAAUUGUAACAAAUGGCAACCAAUGAGAUUGAAUUUCAAGGUUACGAAAUUGUAAUUUAAUUUAAAAAAUAUGUAUCACGCUUCAAGAUUAUAGCACGUGCAGAAUUUCCAUUUAUAAUAAAAUAAAUAAACUACAAAAUAAUGAUAGUACAAGAUAUUCUUGAAAUUUAAACAAUUUUUAACAUAUUCAGAACAUAAAAAAGAUUGUCGAUACUCAGCUUCUGUUGAUCGCACGGAGCAAACGUAAACGGAAGAACUAAGCAUUGCCGAACUAAUCAGUACCUCUCCUUCUCUGUCUGUGGGCCAUUGUAGAACAGGCCUAACGACUUCCACAAGGACAUACGAACAUAACGUAAGUGAACAUAACCUGUUCUGGUCACUCCACAAAAUUAUUAUUUUUUCUUUUUUAAAUUGUAUUAUAUUAGUUGAUUAUAAAGCUGAUAAAAUUAAUGGAGCAUGA